AUGAUUUACAAGGAGAAUCUUGAAGAAGGGUAUUCCACCCAACGUCCACCCAUGUUCAACGGUAAGUUUUACACCUACUGGAAGAACAGGAUGGAGAUCUUCAUCAAGACUGGAAAUUACCAGGUUUGGUGUGUUAUUGAAUCUGGUGAUUUUGAAAUAACCUCAACCCAUGAAAAGAAUGAGGUAGAUCCUAAAGUUAUUUCUGAUUAUGAUAAAGAAGAUUAUCAGAAACUUGAAUUAAAUGCUUUAGCUAUAAAGUAUUUACAUUGUGGACUUGGACCUCAUGAACAUAAUCGUAUCAUGGGAUGCAAGUAUGCUAAACAAAUUUGGGAUCUACUAGAGGUAACUCAUGAAGGUACUGAUGAGGUAAAACGUUCUAAGAUUGACUUAUUGAUGUCUAGAUAUGAAAGGUUUGAAAUGCAAUCUAAGGAAUCUAUAGAGGAAAUGUUUGCUAGGUUCAAUGAUAUUAUUAAGGAAUUGAAUUCCCUUGGCAGACACAUUCCUAUUGAUGAACAGGCAAGGAAGAUCUUAAGGAGCCUACCACAAGAUGAACGCUGGAGAUCCAAGGUUACUGCCAUGCAGGAAGCUAAAGACUUCACCAAGUUCAACAUGGAACAACUAGCUGGAUCAUUGAUGACUCAUGAACUUCACCUGAGUUCCAACACUGAUAGUUCCAAGAACAAGAGUCUUGCUCUUAAGGCUCAAGACUCAGAGGAAUCAGAAGUUGAUGAGGAAGAGAUGGCAAUGCUAGUUAAAAGGUUUAAAAGGAUGAUGAACAACAAGAAGUUCGAUAAGAACAAGAAGUACACAAGUUCCAGGAACACAACUUGUUUUAAGUGUGGGUCUAAAGAUCAUUUCAUUAAGGAUUGUCCAGUAUCAGAUGGUGAUAAAGGAAAGACAAAAGGCAGAGAUCAAUCUAAGGAGUCAAGAGUCUAUAAACCUUACUUCACCAAAGACAAUGUGAAGAAAGCUAUGCUAGCUGCCUGGGGAGAUUCAGAUUCAGAGGAAGAAGAGGACCAACCAUUAGAGGAAACUGCCCAUCUGUGUUUGAUGGCAAAAACAGAUGAAAAAGAAAAACUGAAGGAGCUAGAAUCUGAGGUAUGGUUUUCUCAAAAAGACCUAAGACAUUUCUCUAAAGAAAACUUGAUAUAUGUUGUUUUGGAAAUACGAGAAGACUUGAAUGAAUUAUAUAGAGCCAAACAGCAAAGUGAUGAAGCUUUGGUAACUUUUAAAGAAAACAGUGAGUGGGUUGACGAUAUGAAAUUUGAUAUUCAAUACAGCUUCUUUAGUCUGUUUAAUGACAAUAAUUAUUUGAAAGAAAUUGUAGACAGGUUAAAACAUGAUAAUAUAAUGUUAAAUGUGGAAUUGUCCUUGAUGAAACUCUGUCUUGAUGCUCCUAAUUCUGAAGUUCCUCCACUUGCUCAAUAUCCGAAUUUUGAAAAACUAAAAUCUGAUUUAGAAGAUCUAAGAUCAGAUAAGGCACGACUUGAGGGGGAACUUGCGAGAGCUAGGAAAGGCAAACAACCUAUAGAGUACGGAGUUCCAGAUUGGAUCACCAAAGCUCAAACCAAAAGAACAAAAGGACAUAAACAGGUUAAGUGUCCUAAGAAAGAAAAGAGUACACAGAAAAAUGAAAAACAUGUAGAACAGAUAUGGAUCAAGAAGAAUGAACCUGCUGUUCCAGUGAGGGGGAACAACACCUGGCACCUCGACAAUGGUUGUUCUAAGCGCAUGACUGGAGACAAAUCUAGAUUUCUCUCACUGGAUGCCUACUAUGGGGGAGCUGUGACCUUUGGUGAUAACAUGAAAGGAGAUAUAGUUGCUAUUGGCAAAGUAGGAAGAAUCAUUCACAACGACGCUGGGAACAUUAUCUUAAAAGGAACUCGUAAAGGGAACACAUAUGUUGUUGAUCUUAACGAGGUUCCUAACAGCAAUUUAACAUGUCUCAGUGUUAUUGAGGAUGAUCCUCUAUUAUGGCACAAGAGAUUUGGCCAUGCAAGCUUUAAUUUACUUGAUAAACUUAGAUAUAAGGAACUAGUGGAAGGACUUCCCUGCAUUAAGUUCAUAUUCUUUGUUUAUAACAAUGGUAAAAGGAACUUGGGAAAGUUUGAUGAACGUAGUGAUGAGGCAGUAUUCUUAGGAUAUGGCUCCAAUAGUAAAGCCUAUAGUGUUUAUAAUAAGAGAACAAUGUGUGUUGAGGAAUCUGUACAUAUCAUAUUUGAUGAAACUGAACAGUUAAAUAAUGUACAGGAUUGUGAUGAGGAUUUUGAAAUUGGACUUGUGCGCAAGCCAGAUCCAGAUGAGGAAUAA